AUGCAUCCACCACCACGCUCCCCGCCUGCGGCUGCUGCCGCGAUGCUCGCGGCGGCGCUACUGGCCGUGGCACUGAUGGCCGCCGCCGCCGCCGCAGCGCCGUGGGAGCGGGCGGACGAGGAGGUGCGGCACCUCUACGAGGCGUGGAAGGCGGAGCCGGGUCGGCCGGGCAGAAACGGCGGCGACGACCGCCUGCGCCUGGAGGUGUUCCGCGACAACCUCCGCUACAUCGACGCGCGCAACGCGGAGGCCGACGCGGGGCUCCACGGCUUCCGCCUCGGCCUCACCCCCUUCGCCGACCUCACCCUGGAGGAGUUCCGCGGCCGCGUCCUCGGCUUCCAGCUCCAGAGCCCCCGCCGCAACGACACGGUGGACGAGGACGAGGACGAGGACGGCUUCGGCGAUCAGCUGGCGGCAGUGCCGACCGCCGUCGACUGGCGCAAGAGCGGCGCCGUCACCGGCGUCAAGAACCAACGCUCAUGCGGUGGGUGCUGGGCGUUCUCGGCUGUGGCGGCGAUGGAGGGGAUCAACAAGAUCGUGACGGGGAAGCUGAUAUCGCUGUCGGAGCAGGAGCUGAUCGACUGCGACCGCAAGAGCCACGGAUGCAAAGGCGGGCGCAUGGAUUACGCUUUCCAGUUCGUGAUCGGCAACGGCGGGAUCGACUCCGAGGCCGACUACCCCUACACCGGGCGCGACGGGACUUGUAACGAGGCCAAGAAAAAGAAGAAGGUCGUGUCCAUAAAUUCGUACGGCCAUGUUCCGGCCAACAAUGAGAAGGCACUGCAGAUGGCGGUGGCGAAGCAGCCCGUUAGUGUCGCCAUCGAGGCAGGCGGUCGUGAUUUCCAGCUCUACAAAUCGGGAGUCUUCGACGGCGCUUGCGGGACGAAGCUGGACCACGGCGUGACGGCGGUAGGGUACGGCAGCGCCGGCGGCAAGAACUACUGGAUCGUGAAGAACUCGUGGGGCACCGGGUGGGGCGAGGGCGGCUACAUCCGCAUGAGGCGGAACGUGGCCGCGCCCACGGGCAUGUGCGGCAUCGCCAUGGACGCGUAUUACCCGGUGAAGAACCACAAGGCGCCCGGCAUGCCUCUGCUGGAGAUGGUUCUAGCUGCCUAAGGCGCCAUCCGAUCCACACCCCCCUCCCCGUGCGCGCUAUGGACUCUCACGAGUAGCCACUCGUUUACACUUGCUCUACGUGUGGUGUGAAUGUUGUGUGUGCAACCGUAAAUAAGUUGCAAAUAAGGGACCUGUGUCAUGGUUACACUUAUAAAUAAUCUGUUGUGAG